GGCAUAAAGAAAAAGUUUCGUCGCGAGAGCUUCCCGGCAAGACGAGUUUGCGGAGGGAAUAUACUAAUAUUUGGCCCACGAUGCCGCGUCCUAUGCAUAAUACGACUUCGCUGCCGCGGAACUUGCGCGGUGAAUUGGGAAUCAAGGAUACCUAUGGUGAAAGGAAGAGAAGGCUGAACGGACCUGCGAACCGGAAAGAUCGUCGGAAGGCGGAGCGAGACGAGAAGAAGACGAAACGAGCGCCGGUUUCAAGGAGCGGUGGGGGGAGACAUAAGCGCGAGGAAGAUGAUGAGGAUGACUUUGAGGGGUUCGAGGUUGACUCCGGCGCUGAGUCCGACGCAGCUGGCGAGGAAGAUGUGUUUGCCAAGCUGAAGGCUGCGAAGCAGGCGAAACAGCAACCUAAGCCUAUUCUUAAGAAGAAAAAGGCUGAGAAAUCGGAUUCUGAAAGUGGUGAGGAGGAGGAAGAAACGGUCCGACCGCGCAAGGUUUCUCAAGCGGUCCAGGACAAGCUCGACCAAGACGAUGCGGAGAUUGCUGCGUUGGAGAAAAAGCUGGGACUUAAGAAAGGCAAAAAGCUCCCAAAGUCAUUUGAAGAGGACGGGUUGGGUGAUCUGCUUGGUGAUUUGGACGAGGGCUCAGCAGAUGACGGUAAAAAGCGCAAAAGAGAAGCCGACGAAUGGCUGAGAAAUAAGAGAAGGAAGGCGCAAGGCUUGGAGCCCGAGGGUGAAUCUGAAGAAGAUGAUAGCGAUAUGAGCAGUGAGGAAGAGAUGGAUGGCCUGAAUGACUUUGACGAUCUUGACGACGACGAAGAUAUGUUUGACGACGUGGAUGGAGAUGAUGAUGACGAGGCCGAAGAAAGCGAAGAAGACAAGCCAGCCCCGAAGAAACGAGAAAACCCGUUUGUCGCCCCAGUUGUAGAAACGGCUGAGAAUCGCCCACAGAAAUAUAUUCCUCCAUCCCUGCGAGCUGCGUCUGGGUCAGAAUCAGAGUCUCUCACCCGACUGAGAAGACAGGCCCAAGGACACAUCAAUAAGUUGUCCGAGGCGAACCUGGUUUCCAUUUUGGCUGAAUUUGAAAAGCUCUACCGGGAGUACCCUCGAAAAGAUGUGACUUCAACCUUGAUAAAUCUCCUUUUCGGCAUGAUAUGCGAGAGGUCCGCCCUUCAGGAUACCUUCCUCAUCCUCCAUGCUGGGUUCAUCGCAGCCGUAUACAGAAUCGUCGGAAUGGACUUCGGUGCUGAGCUUGUCCAAAAGAUUGUUGAGACAUUCGACGCCCGUGGUGAUGAACGUGGCCAAUUUGAAGGCAAGGAACUCGUCAACCUGAUCUCUCUGCUCUCGCAACUUUACAAUUUCCAUGUCAUCUCAAGUACCUUAAUCUUCGACUACAUCCGACUCUUCCUACAAGACAUCACUGAAGAGAACACCGAAUUGCUCCUGAAGGUCAUCAGAAACUCCGGACCUCAACUCCGACAAGACGACCCUUCCUCUCUGAAAGACAUCGUCCUUCUCAUCCAACCAGCCGUCGCCAGAGCCGGCGAAGUAGCCCUAUCCGUCCGCACCAAGUUCAUGAUCGACACAAUCACCGACCUAAAGAACAACAAGCUGAAAGCCGGAGCCGGCGCAGCUAUAACAACCGAACACAUCACCAAAAUGCGCAAGAUCCUCGGAUCCCUAAACAAUACCCGGGUAGUCCGCGCCUCAGAGCCCAUCAGCAUCUCACGAGAUGACAUCCACAACUCCUCCAAAAAGGGCAAAUGGUGGCUCGUCGGUGCAAGCUGGAGGGAAGACCCCCUCGUAACAGCUCGCCAAGAACUCUCAACCCUCCCAACAGACGAGCAGAACGCCGCCCCAGAAGAGGAAGACAGCGACGCCGAACCUGACUUCGUGAACCUUGCAAAAGCCCACCGUAUGAACACCGACGUCCGCCGCUCCAUCUUCGUCGCCAUCAUGUCCGCAACAGACUACCAAGACGCACACGUCCGAAUCCUCAAACUCCGCCUCAAGAAAGCCCAGGAAUACGAAAUUCCUCGCGUCCUCACCCACUGCGCAAUGGAAGAAGAAGCCUACAACCCCUACUAUACGUUAAUCGCGCGCCGGCUCUGCGGCGAAUCUGGCCGCCGCCUCAAAGUCUCCUUCAUGUUCACCCUGUGGAACAUCUUCAAACGCAUGGGCGAGGCAGGCGAUCUAGACGACGAGGGGGAAGCCUUCGACGACGAAGACGAACAGAACCAACUCCCCAUGAAAGCAAUCGUCAACCUCGCAAAGAUGUACGGUAGCCUCAUCGCGGACAACACCCUCACAUUGGGAAUCCUUAAAACCCUCAAUUUCGCCUACCUGCAGCCGAAAUCCAAGACCUUUGUCGAACUCCUCCUAAUCAGCGUCAUCCAGCAAUCCCAGAAAAAGAAACAGGGCAAAAAGCAAGCCAAGAAGUCUGAGGAUGAAAGAGACGAAAAGGCCUUGUUGGAAAUCUUCAUCCGGACCCGUGAAACGCCUCAGAUUGUCAAGGGGCUGAUCUACUUCCUCCGCAAGGUGGUCGCGAAGUCGGACAUUGUUUCCGGGAAGGAACAGAAGGUGGUUAAGUGGGGAUGCAAUGUUGCUGUUGAUGCGUUGAAAGUAGUUGCGAAGGAGACGGCUUGAUAGGAGUUUUGAGUCUCUUGUACUUGCUUUGGUGGCUUUUUGGCGUUUUGGCUGUGUUUCAUACGGACGUGUGGCGAGUUGGAUAAAAGCAAAAGCAUUGCGUUAGAUCUGUUGCUCCGAUUCACUGU